CCUUCAAUUUUCAGAUAUGCACUACCAUUCGAAAAAGUCGAAGAUCCAGUAGGAUGGACCAUAGUUUUUCAGCAAUAUUGGCACCACUCAUUUACAAUUUCCAUUAUUUACUUCAUAAUCAUGAAAGCUCUCCAACGAUUUAUGGAGAAUCGUAAACCGUUCUCAUUGAGAACAGCCUUAGUCCUAUGGAAUGGAGCAUUGGCAAUCUUUAGUAUCAUAGGUUUCAUUCGAUUUACGGAGGAUUUUAUUCAGUCGCUUUAUAAGCAUGGAAUAUAUCGGUCACUUUGUUUUUCUUGCCAUCCCAACGACGUGGCAGCUUUUUGGAGCUUUCUUUUUGCUAUAUCAAAGAUCGUCGAACUAGGAGAUACAUUAUUUAUUGUUCUUCGGAAGAAGCCUCUAAUAUUCCUCCAUUACUACCAUCAUGCUGCUGUACUCAUUUAUACCGUACACUCAGGUGCUGAACAUGCUGCUCCAGGUCGAGCUUUCAUAGCGAUGAACUAUUUCGCCCAUUCAGUCAUGUACACAUACUACACUUUCACAGCCUACGGACGGCGACUGCCAAAAUGGGUCUCGAUGUGCGUUACUACUAUUCAAACCGUCCAAAUGCUAGCAGGAGUUGCUGUCUCUUAUAUUGUGUAUCGAAUCAAAACAGAAUCCAACUUGCCAUGCCAACAAUCAAUGGUUAACCUCUAUUUGGCAUUCAUUAUUUAUGUCACAUUUGCUGUCCUCUUCCUUCAAUUCUUCUACAAAGCAUACAUCGCCAAAUCUGGAAAAUCAAAGACAUCUUAG